AUGAACAAAAAAUCAAAAACAAGACCUACAAAAGGAUAUUGUUUCAGAGACGUCGAGCACGAUAUUCUUUGCUUGUGUUACACGGAGACCUAUGACUUCUUGGUGGCUGGUCUGACGAAUGGCUCGGUUAAAUUGUACAAAACAAAUUCAGAAGACGUGCUGACGUUAUGCGACACCGAAAUGAUGCAAAAACCAAGUCCAACGACCGCAAUUAAGCAUAGGCCUACGCUAACGGUUGCGUGAAAUGCUGGCAUUAUCCAACAUCUCAGUGUCUUUACACGAUACGGGAGAAGAGACAGGUCCUCGGCUUGGCUUACCAUUCUCACCUGCCAAAGUUCAAAUAUUUUCUUUGUUUUUCCUUUUUUCUUGUCACUUCUUCUCAUCUAUUCUAGCGAGUCACUGGAAGUUAUGGACGGCCAUAAAUCUAGAGUGUUCAGUGCGUGUUUUAACCCGAAAUCGGCACACGAGCUAAUCAGCGCCGGCUGGGACAACACCAUUCAGUUUUGGGACACCAGGCAACCAUACGCGCUCAGGCACAUCCUAACGUUCUACUUAGGAAUCAGACGUAACGGUGAUUUAUUAACAAACAAUUUCUACCAACAGAUUUUGUCGUGUGCCUGGCAAAGGGAGAAUCCUAUCCAGCUGUGGGACUACGGUAGCGGAAAGCUGCUCGUAUCUCUAGAGCCCGACAGCUAUUCCUCUCUGCUCUACUGUGGCAAAUACGUGUCGAACAUGUUUCUCGCUUGCGGCGGCACGGAUGUCAAUCUGUUCAGAGUGGUCGAUUUGCGAUCCCACGCCACGUUGGCGAUGAUCAGGAAUGUAAGCGGUGGCACAUACAGCUUGGACACUGGCCUAGUGAAUCCGAAACACGCAAAAAAAACAAGGACCAUCUCCGUGGUACCACAGCUCGCAUUCUGCGCUGGUAGGCAGAUCUUCGAGAUAGACGCUCAACCCAGUUGACAGGUGAUUUUCUUCGGCCUCAAAGUGGUGUAUACAAAAUGAUCGUUUGCUGUGUUUUUAACGAUUAAACUUUUCCACGAAAGCGAAUAUGUGUUUUCUCUUUGUAGUUCACCCGGCUGCGAUAUGAUAAUUCAUGGUAAACGUAUGGACAUGAAAAAUAAUAAUUCGAACCGUGCGUGGAUUUGUUUAUUACAUCUGUCACGGAGCCAAUGUUAGAAGAGAAAUUUUCAAUUUACUUUUGAUCGAAUACUACCUCUAUGGUAGUUUCGUUUUAAAGAAAAUAGCGAACAAUCCAUUUCGUGUUAAAUUUUAAACGUAAUUCACAGCAUUAGCGAUGUAACAUUCUGCUUUUUGUUUUAUUCUAAUUCAGUGUGUUACAG